GACGCCCUCGCUCGUCCUCCUGCGCCCACAGCCGCCUCCAUCCGGCGGAAAGAACGCGCAGGAUUACGUGGCUGAAUUUCAAACUUUGAAUGUCUGUGGAAAAAGAACCCUGUGGGAAGAAGGUUGGAUUUUUCUACAUGAAUGAUGGGAAUCUGUCCGGGAAUGUGACACCUCGGCGCUUGGAGCAGGAUUAUCCCGGUCUGUGACAAUGCGCAGCGGUCCUGCGUGUCUCCACCAACCCGACACUAGAUUUCUGUCAGCGCCGUGAAAGUUGGGCUUGUGCUGCAGCAGCUAGCUUCAUUUCCCUCGGUUGUGCAUUUUAUUGCAUUGCUGUGGAUUAACAGUAACUGUGUGAAUAAUUAAAUCUGUGGUGCAGAUAACAGGGGAGGGAGCUGGACACCGCCCGAACCGGUUUUACCGCCAUUCCGGAGGAGGAUUUUACCUCUUUCCGUCCCUGUGGAGCAGGAAUAACAGCAAGCAUCCGGUCCUGCGGCCGCACGCAUUAACCGGGAGGUUCUGAAUCUGCUGCGUUUCCUUGUCAAACGGGUCAUAUCAGUGGGGAAAAACUGCGGUUUAUGCACGGAGCAGAGCCUCAGAAAGGACACCUGAGGAAAAAGAGCGUUUCUGGCUCAAGGACACCCUUUCUACCGGCGGCUGCUUAUUGACGUCUGUUGGGCUUUGCGCACGGAUUUGUGCGGGCACUUGACAUGGACCUUAUCAGGAUUAGAGCUGUUUAGCCCCCCGGCUCCACUUUUUUUUUUUUUUUUGCCUCAUCUGGCUGUGGAUCUGCCCCUGGGGACUCUUUCCGAGUGAAGGAGGGCUCACGCCGAUGGACCGGGCUCUACUGGAGUGGCGCUAAUUGGGGAGAACGGGACGCUUAUUGGAAUUUUCCACGCAUUCUUUCUCCUUGGAUUUCUGGAGGUGGGAAUGCCUUCAUUGGCUUCGCAUGGUCACAGCACCUGCACCUGAUCUCCGGGUUUCCUCUUUUAUUCGUGCACGCUGUUCCAGCUUCUCACAAACGCGCACACGCUCCUGCUUUUCCAUCCCCAGAAAACAGGCAAGAUAUCUCCUCUCCUCUGUGCUUGGGGAGAGGGGGUCGGGAGUUAGGAUACGCUGCUGAGCUUUGACGCCUCCCGGGGGCUCCUCGUUGUGAUUUAACACCCAUUAGUUCAUCCAACAAGAAGAGGAGGGAGAUAUUUGGGAGAGAGGGGAGACAAGAGGAGAGGAGCUCGAGAUAAUUGACGGUGUCAGGAAGGACUGAUCUCACCUGACAACUAGGUGAGAAGGUGUCCUUGUCAGCUCGUCAUCCUGUUGUAACCCUGCAGCGGGGAUGUGACAGGAAUCUCAAUUGAUGGUAAACCGACUGACUCCUCCUGCUGACUUCCUGCUUUCCAGAUAACCUCAGCUACCAUGUCUGUCUGUAGACAUCAUUCCAACACGCCCAGUAAAUCAGCUCACACGGCUCUGGGCAGAUGAAGCUCGUGUGUGCAGAAAUGGGAACAAGAAAGACUUUGCUGGACAGCUGACUGUUCAGAUGGAGGACUCUGAGGACUUUUAAUCCAGCAUCUGCUGGGUCCCCCGAUCUAAACUACGGGGCUGUGUUCUCCACAGACACAUCCACGUAAACCUGUCACCUGUGAGAGGACUUGAAGGUUGCAUCCAUUCACCACUUCACAGCCGUUCCUGAUUGGCUCUUCUUAAAGCAGAAAUACUGAACACUUCCUUCAGGUAGACGGACAGCCAUGGAUGUCCUCUCCUCGCUGCUCUGCCCUCUUCUCGUCCUCCUGUCCUGCCUCCCUCCCUGCCUCUCUGACAUGCUCUGUCCAAAGCGUUGCACCUGCCAAAACCUGCUGCCAUCCUACACGGUGCUCUGCGCCAAGACGGGCCUGCUCUUCGUCCCACCGAACAUCGACCGGCAGACGGCCGAGCUCAGGCUGAUGGACAACUUCAUCACCACACUGAGGCACCGGGACUUUGCCAACAUGACCAGCCUGAUCCACCUGACCCUGAGCCGUAACACCAUCAGUCAGAUCAGGCCGUACACCUUCGCUGACCUGCAGGACCUCCACGCCCUCCACCUGGACGCCAACCGCCUCACCGUCCUGGACGACUCGCACUUCCAGGGCCUGGUGAACCUGAGGCACCUGAUUCUGGCCAACAACCAGCUGCACAGUAUAUCAGUCGGGGCGUUCCAGGACUUUCUGGAGACUCUGGAGGACCUGGAUUUGAGUUAUAAUAACCUGGUAGACAUCCCCUGGAAGACCAUCGCUCUACUGGUCAGCGUCAAUACCUUGAGCCUGGACCAUAACCUGAUUGAGAGCGUCCCUGAGGGAAUCUUCUCUGACCUGCACAAACUGGCCAGACUGGACAUGACGUCCAACAAGCUGAAGAAAAUACCUCCAGACCCGUUGUUCCUGCGGAUCCCAGUGUACGCAAAGAUGAAGGGUUCUCCUCUCACAGCGCUGGUGUUGAGUUUCGGGGGGAACCCUCUCCACUGUAACUGUGAGCUGGUGUGGCUUCGAAGGGUGACCAGGGAGGACGACUUGGAGACCUGCGCCUCACCCAAGGACCUGGCUGGAAAAUACUUUUGGACCAUACGAGAGGAAGAGUUCGUCUGCGAGCCGCCCAUGAUAACUCGUCACACCUCUAAGAUGUUUGUGAUGGAGGGUCAGGAGGUCAGCCUCCGCUGUAAAUCCAUUGGGGAUCCCGAGCCGUCCACGCACUGGGUCAGCCCUGAUGGAAAACUGAUAGGAAACACUUCCAGAACCAUCUGCUACGAGAACGGGUCGCUCGACAUCCUGAAGGCCUCUGUCAAGGACUCUGGAAAGUUUACCUGUAUAGCAUCAAAUGCAGCUGGUGAAGCCACUGCUCCUGUUGAAUUAGUGGUCAACCCUUCUCCACACUUUGACCCCAAACUGGACCCCGACCCAGGGCCCUCAGACAUCCCCACAUCCAUCAAAUCCAACGUCAGUGGAGUCCAGCCCAGGUUCGACCAGCAGAGGGUCAGCGUGUCCGAUCUGACCUCCAGCUCUGUUGUCAUCAGGUGGCCUCCUCAGAACCACAUACCAGGGGUUCGCAUGUACCAGAUCCAAUACAACAGCUCCACAGACGAUAUCCUGAUAUACAGGAUGAUCCCAGCCAAUCACAAGUACUUCCUGCUCAGUGACCUGGCGUCGUCGCGGGACUACGAGCUUUGCGUUCUGGCCGUCUACGAUGACGGCAUCACCACCCUGACCGGCACCAAGCUGGUGGGCUGUGUGUCCUUCAGCACGGAUUCGGAGUACGGACGGUGCCACUCCAUACGGGACCAGUUCUUGGGCGGCACCAUGAUCAUUAUCAUCGGCGGGAUCAUCGUGGCCUCUGUGCUCGUCUUCAUCUUUAUCCUCCUGAUGAAGUACAAGCUCCACAGUAACCACUACAAGCAGAAAGCUGCUGCACGCCAAGCCAACGUCUGCUCCCAGACCAACGGAGGUGGAGGAGGAGGUGGAGCCAACAUCCUGGCUCUGCCUCCAUCCUCCUCAGCGGGGCAAGGCGCUAAUACAAACUGUCACCCAUCAUCAUCAGCAGAGGGAGGAGCUUCUCUCAGAGGAACCACCGUGGUGGACCUAAAUCCCACUCAUGAUGAUGACGCCAUCUCCCAAUAACACAGAAGAAACUGUCGAACCCCACCAACCUCCAGAACCAACACUCCAUCUCCUUCCCUCCUUCUCUUUCAUUUUUAUGUGUUUUCUACAUUUUUUUGCUCGUGCCUGGAGUCAAACCCGACUUUCCUCUGAGGAGCAGCUCCUGUCUUCGAUUUAAUUCACACUCAGCGUGUCAUCGCUGGAGAGAGAGGAGGAGGAAGAGGUGCUCUGCUGAUUCCAUCAUCACCUCCAGGUGAAAUGUGAAGACACUGUAGGCAGAUGAAGGGAACUGAUCCAACCUGCUGAUGUGCAGAAAUCAGCGACGCUGCUGAGACAGAUGUGUAGGACACAUGUCAGCAUCUUAUCCUGGUAAUGUUCUGUCCUUUGGAUCAGAGAAGAUUCUGAUGGAAGUACUGACCAGGCAGUGCUCUGAAGGACGUCUGCUGGAUUCAGUCUCUGGAUGUGACCAAUGGAUUCUCUGCAGGUUCUGCUCCUGGAAGGUUUUAGUGGAUGUCAGUAAAACCUUUUUCUUCCAGGAUGUUCUCAUCAGAUGCUGGUGGCACUGCUCUUCUCUUCUCCUCACUAUACAGUCAUAUGCCAAAGGAUUACAAUAAUGCAUUAUGAUAUUAUUAAGAAAAAUCUCUGACUUAUUAAAGCACACCUCUUACUGUAUUUACAAUGUACGUGUCAGGCCUUGGACUGAGAAACAAGCACACCGUCAAUGUCUCGUCGCCAAAUCAUCGAGAAUAAUACGCAGUUGGAAGUAAAGAGGAACUUCUCUGGCACUUUAAACAUGUUUUCAUCUCAUUUCUCUGUCCUCUCUUUAAGUCCUCUGUUUUAGGAACAAACUAAUCAAAUAUCCUACAGUAUUACUGAUAAAACUCUUCUGGAUGUGGAAGAUAAUGUUGAAAUAUUUGGUAUGUUUGCAUCUAUGGUGGAUUGGUUCUCUCAGUGUUUGAGUAAACAAAAUGGAGAACUUUGUGUCCCGAAGAUGGAGCCCUGAGGAGCACCAGCGACACACUCAAAGCACACGUGAAACUGUACAUGCCUGAAAUGCUGGUGAACCUGACCAAUGAUGUUUCAGUUGGGGGUGGGGGACGGGUUGGGUGUAUGAGUGGUUUUAAAAGAUGGCUGCAAAUCUCAUGUUGUCCCCUCCUCUUCCUAACGCCCUGCCCUCCUCCUCCUCCCCCGUUGCUGUUUGACAGUGUCUGUGUUUGUAUGUGGCAUACACCUAACGGUCUUCAAUGGUUUGAUACCCAUAAUUUACUUUGAAUAUAAGGAAACAAACGACCACAACAUGGAGAGAAAACACAGCAACAUGUGAAAUGGGAAUUUUAUGCUUUCAUAGACACAAAUAUGUGGAUUUCUAAUAAAAUAAAAAGGUAUUUUUCUUGGAAAAGUUCAUUUCCAAUCA